GGUUCUAACGGAUUCAAGAGCGCUCACGGAGCAGCACCGCGUAGAAGAAAGGAAGAAACGAGAGGAAGAGGCAGACUUAGCUUAGCUUUAGCGGAGCUUAGCCACAACACUUUUUUGCCAUUUUUAUAUUUCUUUUUUAGCUGGGAACAAAUGGCACUCAUGGAGGAUAAAAAGAACGAGCUUAACGGCCACGCCGUGUCCGUGCCUCCCCCCAAACCCACCAAGAAGACCCCCAAGGAGAAGUUGUUAAUGUUUCUGAGCAGAAACCUCGUUGUGAUCCUGACCGUGUCCGGUGUGCUCGUGGGCGUCGGGCUCGGGAUGAUAGUACGGCGCGCGGAGCUCACGCGCGCGCAGAUGACUUACUUCGCCUUCCCGGGAGAGAUGCUGCUGAGGAUGCUGAAGAUGAUCAUCCUGCCGCUGGUGGUGUGCAGCCUGGUGUCCGGGGCUGCCAGCCUGGACACGCGCUCGCUGGGCAAACUGGGCGGCAUCGCGGUCACCUACUUUCUGGUGACCACGCUCAUCGCCUCGGCCAUCGGUGUGGCGCUCGCCUUCAUCAUAAAGCCGGGCGUGGGGGCCGGAGCGCUCAACACUAACGACCUGUCGCUGGAGAGCGUGAGCACCAACAAGGAAACGGCAGACUCCUUCUUAGACCUGGCCAGAAACCUGUUCCCAUCUAAUUUGGUCGCAGCUGCUUUCCGUUCAUAUGCCACAGAUUACAAGAUGAUUGCAAUUGGAAACAGCACAAAUGGAACCCUCAACUACCAGAAGGUGCCAGUGGGAACGGAUACAGAUGGAAUGAACAUUCUUGGCCUGGUUCUGUUUGCCAUGGUAUUUGGAGUGGCCUUAAGGAAGUUGGGAGCUGAAGGGGAAGAGCUUAUACGUUUCUUCAAUGCCUUCAAUGAAGCUACCAUGGUGCUGGUGUCCUGGAUCAUGUGGUAUGUACCUGUUGGCAUCAUGUUCCUGGUGGGCAGCAAGAUUGUGGAGAUGGAGGAUGUCGUUCUCCUGGUCACCAGUUUAGGCAAAUACAUCUUUGCUUCUAUCCUGGGUCAUAUCAUCCAUGGUGGCAUCGUCUUACCUCUUAUCUACUUUGGGUUUACACGCAAAAACCCCUUCAGUUUCCUGUCUGGUCUCAUCACACCCUUUACCACGGCCUUUGCUACCUGUUCCAGCUCAGCAACGCUGCCUUCCAUGAUGAAGUGUGUGGAGGAGAACAAUGGUGUGGACAAGAGGAUCAGCCGCUUUAUCCUACCCAUUGGAGCCACUGUCAACAUGGAUGGUGCCGCCAUUUUCCAGUGCAUUGCUGCAGUGUUUAUUGCCCAGCUCAACAACGUUGAGCUAAACGCUGGCCAGAUCUUCACCAUCUUGGUGACUGCUACAGCAUCCAGCGUUGGAGCAGCGGGCAUUCCAGCUGGAGGAAUUAUCACCAUUGCCAUCAUUCUGGAGGCCAUUGGCCUGCCCACCAACGAUCUGUCACUGAUGCUAGCUGUGGACUGGAUUGUAGACCGUACUACCACUGUAGUGAAUGUGGAGGGAGAUGCCCUGGGUGCAGGGAUUUUACACCAUAUAAAUGAAAAGGAGCUGAAGAGGCAGAAGCAGCUAGGGGAGCCAAAGGAGGACCAAGAGCUGAAGGAGGUUAAGGUGGAAGCUGUGGCGAACAUCCAGGCUGAGGAGGAAACCUCUCCACUGGUCACACACCAAAAACAGGGAGAUGACUCCUGUCACUCCUCAUGUGACACAGUUGAUGACAAGGAGGGCGUGGAGUCUGUCCUGUGAAAUUUCUUGCUGUCCUUUCUUUAUAUUCUUUCUCUUUUUCUUCUUUCUUCAAACCACUUAAGGCACUAUAUCAGCUCUGAGCAUUUUUAAGCUCCAUGCUGAACGUUUACUCCUAUCUAAAACCUGGGAACAAGUGCCAUAUCUUCUGAGCUGUGAAAUUGAUGGUGUAUUUGUUGUGGUAUUGGCACAAUAAUGUGGGUGACAUAGUGAAAUGACCAGUUUGGUUUACAUUGACAUUGUCCUUUAUUGUGCGAAAAUGCUUGUUUGUUUGUUUUCAUUAAUUUUUUUUUUUUUUUAAGAACUUUCCGGAUUCACAUGUUAAGCCUGAAAGGGAAUACUUCUAAUUUUAAGUAGUUGUUUAAGCUAGUGAAUAGAAAAUUUACAGACUCCCCCCCUUUACUUUUAUGUGUUAUAUUUUAACUUGCCAUGUGAAACAUUAACAGUUUGGUAGAUGGACAUGAAAAUAUUUGCUGUAAAUAGUCCCUUGUGGUAUGUUUUGUCACACACUGGUAAAUUUCCGGUCUAGUGAGUUGAAAUUUGAUGGGGGAUGCAAUGCGAGGUGAAUACCUUAGCAUUUCUGCUAGUACAUGGUUUUCGUUGUUUGUGAUACCCUGGUAUUUGAGUUUUUAGGAUAACACAAUUUAAUGUUUAUACCCAAUACCUGGUGUCAGAUUCAGUCACAGUUAAAAUACUUGAAAAAAUGAGUGUACUUCAGAAACAUGGCAAAUUGGCAUAUGAAAAAAAGACUGGUUGGAAAUUACACAGAUUAGAGUGCAUUUGCUUGUAGGAACAUCCUGUAGUGACACCCAGUGGUGCAACUGUGAGGAUACAUGUCAGUUAUUAUUACUUACCUACUUGCUUCUGUCUACUUAGAUCGGAUGCAAUGUUCCAAGUAGACCAAUGUUCAGUGAUGAUGGAAAAUAUGAUUUGUGUAUGUAUACUGUAGAAAUGCUAUGCUACUGGAUGCAAAAAAACACUAGCAACAUAUAUUUUGAAUGUGUGGAGAAUAAUAACUGCUAGGUGAACUAUAAAUGACUUUGUAUAAUUUAUUUUAAUUUUUGUAACUUUUUGUAAAAAAUUUGUUGAACAUAUUUUUCUUAAUCUAAUUGCCAAAAAGCUUCUUCUGUCAAAAUAGUAUGGACUGCUGUUGGCUGUUGUAACAUACUAACCUCAAUAUAUUUGUCAUUAACAUGUAUUUAAGAAAUUUUUAUUCCAUUGCAGAUACACUGUCUUCUUCAAUCUGUGUUGUUACUCCUUUUAACUACUGCCUUUACUUCUCAGCUGUUAUGUGUUAUUAAAUCAAGAGCAAAACAUUA